AUGCAAACAUACCCUUCCGGUCUUCGUGUCAGUAUCCGACUCCCGGUGAACACCUCAGUGUCUGAAAUGGUUGCUGAGUUCACUAAACGUGCCGGCUCCUCAUCUAACUCUGGUCUGGAGCUGGGCCUCAAUUCUGCAGUUUCUGGACCCGCAGCAACAGCCUCCUCUCCGGCGGCUGUCGGUUCCACUGGCCUACUGACAGUCCGACAGACGGGCUUGGUGCUGUGUGCUCUUAGCCAGUUGGUAGAUAGACUCUUCGAGGCGGCAGCUGAAGAGCUGCCUUUGCCUCAUCUUCUUCUAUUCUCCAGUCACCUAAUGCGCGCCAGCGCUGAGGAGUUAUUUGAUCGGACCGAUUGCCUUCCUCUGGUCUCCUCUCUUCCACCUUCGUCAUUGGCGUCGCAGCGCCCAUCUUCUCUGGCCGGCAACACCGAAAGCAAUUCGCCCCUUUCGAGGCCGAUGAUUGGCAGAAUUGGUGCGGGAGCAGGCCCAACUCUGGCCACUUCAUGGGUCAUUCAAGCUUCACAGAGCCAAUUGGGACCCACGUCACGACUAGCCUUAGGCUGUCCGGCCAAACUGGCCUCAAGAAACGCACCCCUCUUGCUGGACAGGUGA